AAGGGUCUGAUGUUUUUUUGAAGAGACAUUAAAGAAGACCCUGCUGUGCACAGAGCCACCUUGCUGUUCUUGUUGGGACAGGAGCAGUCACACAUAAUUACCAGGUGGUCCUCACUGUAGCUCUGUGUAUCAGCAGCUGCACAUCUCAAAGAGGCACUGACUUGCUGGUACUCUUGCCUGACAAACGUGAAGAUGCUGUGGCUGAGUCUUCUGAUUAUCCUUCUGGCUGGCCACACUCCUGUGAUGGGCUUACCUCUCCGAACCUCAGACCUGCCUACACAGCCUCAUGCUGGACCAUCUGGAGCUGACCGGGAGUUUGCAGAGGAAUAUCUAUGGCGAUUCUAUGGCUACCAGCCCAAGUUAGCAAGACAGAAGAGGACUACAGACAAAGAUGAAGAUGCUGAUUGGAAGACUGGACUGUGUGAUAAGCUUCAGAGCAUGCAGCGAUUCUUUGGUUUACAUCCAAGUGGAGAGCUGGACAAAGAGACCCUGGCAGUUAUGAAGAGGCCGCGCUGUGGUCUGUCAGAUGUGGAACAAUUUGGAGGCACAAUUCGCUGGAAGAAGAGAACCCUCAGCUAUAGGAUCACUGGUUCCAACCUCCCCAGUUCAGCCUCAAAGAUUCACAAAGUCUUCAGGGAGGCAUGGAAACUCUGGUCCAGUGUCGUACCGAUGAAAUUUCGCAAGCGGAGCAGGAAAGAGGCUGACAUCGUCAUCUGCUUCCACAAAGGAGACCAUGAGGACGGCACACCUUUUGAUGGCAAAGGAGGAAUCCUGGCUCAUGCCUUUCUGCCUGGGUCUGGUAUUGGUGGAGACGUACACUUUGAUGCUGAUGAGGACUGGAGCUUUAAUUCUACUGGUUUCAACCUGUUUGCUGUAGCAGCCCAUGAAUUUGGCCAUGCACUCGGCCUGCCCCACUCAUCUGAUCCUGGAGCCAUCAUGUACCCAUCAUACAACUUUGCUCCCAAUUAUGAGCUGCAGCUCUCCUUCCGUGAUGUCAAAGACGUCCAAAACCUGUAUGGUAUCAGUGCCAAUUUUGCGUCACUAUUCUCAAAAAAGCCUCCUCCAAGAACACCUGACAAAUGUGAUCCAGAUUUGUCCUUUGAUGCUGUAACAGAAUUACAACAGGAGGUCCUGUUUUUUAAAGACAGAUUUAUGUGGCGCAAACAUCCUCAGUUUGAUGAAACAGCAAUCACUCUGAUCAGCAGUCUGUGGCCAGACAUCAUCCCUCCCUUCUUGGAUGCUGUCUAUGAGAACGUGGAUGGGAAUGUAAUUGUAUUUUUCAAAGGUCAUCAGUACUGGACGCUGAGGCAACUAAAACUCCAGGAAGAUUCUCCUAGAAACAUCUCACACUUGGGCUUCCCCUCCAGAAUAAAAUCUAUAGAUGCUGCUCUUCAUUUCAGAAUUGAGCGCUCCACUGUGUUCUUCACUGGCCAUGAGUGUUGGAGGUACAAUGAGAAGCAGAGGAUGAUGGAGGGAUCACCGGUGCUCAUAGAGCAGAUGUGGCCAGGGAUUCCAACUCCCAUAGAUGCAGCCGUCUUCUAUGAGGGAUUUGUGCACUUCUUCAAAGGAAAUAUCCACUACAAAUAUGAUUCCAACUCCAAACGUGUCGUCUCCACCAGCCCUGUUAAUGACCUGCUGGAGUGUGAGAAGCACAACAACGAAAUACUGACAGAAAGGAGAUAACUGAAGGGAAACACUCUAUGCUGCUUGAUGAUAAUAAUGCUGCUGUGUAUCUGCUGUGUGUACACAGUGCUUAAAGUGUUACAAAACUGUAUACCCUGUAAUAACCACAAUAUACCUAAUACCAAAUUGGGAAAUGAUGAGUUACAUAGGGGAAGUGACUGAAAGUGCGUUAUACAAUGUUGUAAUGAUGUUAUUUGUACCUUGUAUCAAAGUACAGCUUUUUGUGUUCUGAUUUUAAGUUGAUGUGAUAAAUGUGUUUCAUAUGUGUUCAACUCAAAUAUUGCUGAGAAACACUUCUUCUGAAGAUACUCGUCAAAAUGCAAAAAUGUAUUUCAUGCUUCAUCUUUGCAUGUCUGUGAUUAACACAUUCAUUCUGACUGUGUGUCUGCAUUUAUGGAUGUUGCCGUAAUUAACAUGAGACAAUACGUUGCACAAGAAAAUCAUUAUUGUUCCUCUCAGUGUCCAGUGUUAGGUAACACUAACCAAAAUGUAGCU